UCAACGUCACAGUUGAAGUUACGUAAUGAGGGAAAAAGUUAAUUUUUAAGUUUUGCGUCCUAUCGUUACAUUGCUUAAUAAGACUGUUCUUGCAAGAGAGAAGAUAAGAACGUGUUUAGGACAACGUCGAUCUCUUUUUGAAGUUAACAAGACAAAAAAGUUUGUUAGCAGAGAUGAGGGUGUGCAUCAUUGGAGCGGGGGUCAUCGGCCUCUCCACUGCUCAGAGCAUCUACCAGCACUUCCACGACAGGAUCGCCCCUCUCACCAUAGAGGUGUAUGCUGAUGUCUUCACUCCACUCACCACCAGUGACGGGGCAGCUGGACUCUGGCAGCCAUAUCUCUAUGACAAGGGGAAUGUGCAAGAAACUAAAUGGAACAAAGAGACGUUUCAGUAUCUACUAAGUUGCCUCAGCUCUCCAGAUUCUGUGAGAAUGGGAAUCUUUCUCCAGUCUGGCUACAAUCUGUGCACUGAACACCUGCCGGACCCUUCAUUUAAAGAUGCUGUGUUGGGCUUUCGUCAGCUGACUCAACGUGAACUAGACAUGUUUCCAGGAUACAGUUUUGGGUGGUUCAACACUGCUCUCAUGAUUGAAGGGAAAACAUACCUGCCCUGGCUUAUGGACUGGUUAAGACAAAGAAAGGUCAAGUUUUAUCAGAGGAAGAUCGGUUCAUUUAAAGAGCUGGCAGACAGUGGUGCUGAUGUUAUCAUCAACUGUUCCGGUGUCCGAUCAGGAGACCUUCAGCCUGAUCCUGAGCUCCAGCCGGGCAGAGGACAGAUCAUCAAGGUAGACGCUCCCUGGUUGAAACACUGGAUCAUCACACAUGAUUCCUCAUCAGGAGUUUAUAACUCACCGUACAUCAUUCCUGGGAGUCGUUUAGUCACUGUGGGUGGAGUUUUCCAAGUCGGAAACUGGAAUCUGCAGAACUGUUCUGUGGACCAUGAAGGAAUCUGGGAAGCUGCCUGCAAGCUUGAGCCCAGUCUACAGCAUGCGCGGAUAGUAGAGGAUUGGACUGGUCUCAGGCCCACACGCAAUAAAGUUAGACUGGAGAAAGAGACCAUACGAUCUGGACCGACGUCGUUUGAGGUGAUUCAUAACUAUGGACAUGGAGGUUUUGGACUGACGAUCCAUCGUGGAUGUGCGGAGGAAGCUGCUCGUCUCUUUGGUCAGAUCCUGGAGCAGAAAGGCCUGCUAGCACAUUCUAAAUCACGUCUCUAAUAGAUCUGUGCCUCUGGAUAAUGUUAUCUAUCAAGUUGAUUCUCGCUAAUCUAAUAACCAUGGUCAUACAGAUUUCAAGAGUUAAUGAAUCUCUAGAACGGAAUACGUUUGUCUACAUUUAUCUGCACUAAUAUAGAAUAAGGAUACAUAUUUACAUUUAUGCAUUUGGCAGACGCUUUUAUCCAAAGCGACUUACAGUGCAUUCAGGCAAUACAUUUUUUUUAAUCAGUAUGUGUGUUGCCUGGGAAUUGAACCCACAACCUUUUACGCUGCUAACACAAUGCUCAGUGCUCAAAAAUGCAACGCAAUUUGCUUGAAGCAUGAUUUAUUGUUAUCAUACAUGUACAUCCAGUGCAGUGGCAAGAGAUCUGUGCACACAGACACAAAACACGGCACUAUAUCACAAAAGACGGGCAACUCUCUGCACUCUCAUGAACAACUGCACACUUCCCAUCAAUCCACACACAUACCCACUUUACAGUUGAAAAGGCAGAAAUAACUGAAUAUAGAAUUGAGCGGUUGUGCUGAAAAACAAAACAAAAACAAGUUGUUGCUAAAUGUUCAAGUUGUGUGUUCUGAUGCAAGCCAUUGUUUGAAAAAUGUGCUUGGAAGCUGAUGUGCUAGAACAGACAGUCAUAAAAUAUAUUGGUCCCAAAGGCCUGUACUGUUGAAAGCCACUUGCUAUUGUUUUAUUCUUAUUGAGCUGUAUUUUAAGAUUAUAAUUAUCCAAUUACCUUUGAUAUGCCUGAUUAUAAGGGAUCAACUGGAGUUUAUACACUUUAUAAGAGGGACUGUAGUUGGCAGCCGGUGAGAGGAUAGAGAGGUGCUCUCAAGUGCUGAGUGGAGUAAAAUGAAGACUUUGGUGUCCACUAGAUACAUCACUGGUGUCAAUGAAAGUCCAAAACUAUGAAUGGCUAACAACUAACCAUAACAAUUAACAAUUAAGUAUGGUAAAUGGUUUU